AUGAUGAUUGAAGCUACUGAUAUCGAUUAUUUAAAAACCUCAACCAUAAGUAUUAAUCAAUCUGAGAGCUUAUCGUCAAUAUUAGCAAGUGCAUCAUCGAUAAUUGAUAUUAUUGAUGAUGACAUCGAAUCUAUUGUCAUACAAAAAUCACAAAAACCACUUGGAUUAUAUGAAACAUCAAAAAAUCCUCUUAACACAGAUAUUGAAAUUGAUCAAUAUUGUGAUGGAAAAAAAUAUAAUACCACAGUUGAAGAUUAUCAGAGUGACGAAAUGCAAUCUGAUAAUGAGAAUAUUGUUGAAAAGCCUAUAAAUUCAGUUGAUUAUGAAACUUUUCAAAAAACUGAAGAACUAGAAGAAGAG